GUGGACAAAGCGCGGCAUGCAUUAGACAAGUGAGCUUUAGGACCAGAAUCAAAAUAGGGACUAGGUGAAGGUUCACUGGGCGUCAUCUAUUUAAGACCUAUUAGAAGUUAAACAAGAUGCAAGGGUCAGUUAGAAGCAUUUCUUCUUCUCUUCUUUGUGCUGCACGCCUCUCUGCUUCUGUCAGAAUCAUGUCUUCGCUUGCCACUAUCCCUCCACCUUCAGCUCUUCUACAACCUCUGAAUGUCCCCCAACGCCUCAUGCUUGGACCAGGACCCUCCAAUGUACCUCCUCGGAUUCAAGCAGCAGGGGCUUUACAGCUUAUUGGUCAUAUGCACCCUGAAAUGUUCCAGAUAAUGGAUGAUAUCAAGCAAGGGAUACGGUAUGCUUUCCAGACACAAAACAACCUGACAUUAGCUGUGAGUGGAUCUGGCCACUGUGCCAUGGAGACUGCAAUUUUUAACGUGGUGGAGAAAGGAGACGUGGUCCUAAUUGCUGUAAAAGGAAUUUGGGGGGAGAGAGCGGGUGACAUUGCAGAGCGAAUUGGUGCUGAUGUACGAUAUGUGUCAAAACCAGUAGGAGAAGGCUUUACCCUUAAGGAAGUAGAAAAGGCUUUAGUGGAGCACAAGCCGUCCCUCUUCUUCAUUACCCAUGGAGAGUCAUCCAGUGGAGUAGUUCAACCGUUAGAUGGCCUGGGAGAUCUCUGUCACCGGUAUAACUGUCUACUGCUUGUAGAUUCAGUAGCCUCUCUAGGUGGAGCUCCAAUCUACAUGGACAAACAGGGAAUCGACAUUUUGUAUUCUGGAUCUCAGAAGGUUCUGAAUGCACCUCCAGGAACAGCUCCCAUUUCUUUUAGUGAAACUGCAAGUAAGAAGAUUUUCAGCCGUAAAACAAAACCUCCAUCUCUCUAUGUGGAUUUAAAAUGGCUUGCAAACUAUUGGGGAUGUGAUGGCAAACCAAGAAUAUACCACCACACAGGACCAGUGACUAACUUCUUCAGCUUGAGAGAAGGACUGGCAGUUCUAGCUGAGCAGGGAUUGGAACGCUCAUGGGCUGUUCACCAGGAGAAUGCACUGAAGCUGCAUAAAGGAUUGGAAGCAUUAGGACUGAAGCUCUUUGUGAAGGACCCAGCACUGCGCCUCCCUACUGUCACAACAGUUAGCGUUCCUAAUGGUUAUGAAUGGAGAGACAUAACUACAUUUAUCAUGAAGAAUCAUGCCAUUGAAAUCACAGGAGGCCUGGGACCAUCUACUGGAAAGGUUCUGCGUAUUGGCCUGAUGGGCUAUAACUCAACGCAAGCAAACGUAGACCGUGUUCUAGAGGCUCUGCGCGAUGCCCUGCAGCACUGCCCUAAAAAUAAGAUGUAAAUAACCUUUGUUGAAGGCUCCUAAAAUUGUCAAUAAAAGCACACUGUUACUUCCCUCUGGACAAUAUAUAUUAAUCAUCUUCUUUCUACCACUGUCACAGAUACCUCAAUGAAAUAUUAAAAUAACUGAUUAUUUGUU